ACGGCCACACUGGCCAGUAUUUCUUUUAAGUUUUUGUUUUGGUAAUUGCACGUGUUUCAUUUCAAAGAGAUUUAAAAACCAGCAAUGUCGGACAAAUACGCAGUACCCAACAAAUUGCCCGGCAAAACAGUCUCUGUGCUGAGGCAUCGCAAGAGGCGAAUUCGGCAGGACCAGUCGGUCGUCGAGCAGAGGAUAAGUGAUCGCAUCCAGCGCCGCAAUGCUCUCCACAAUCACCACAAGUUCCGGCGUGCCGAAUCCUUCGUGAUGGGUUACCUGAAGGCCGAGCGCACGGCCAAGCGAAUCAAGCGAACGAUAUUGCGUACCAACGUCACAGAGCAGAGUGCCGAAGCUGCCCAGGAUUCCAACCCGAAGCUGCUGUUUGUGAUGCGACAUGCAGGCAAGAAAAUCUUCGACAAGACCACAGCUGAAAUCUUUAAAACACUGCGCAUGCCCCAGCGUCACAAUGCCGUCUUCCUGGAGAACACCAAGGAAAAUCAGCUGCUGCUGCGUGUGAUCGAACCCUUUGUGGUCUAUGGAAAUCCCUCGUUGAGCACCAUUCGUGAGUUGGUCUUUAAGAAGGGUUUCGCCCGCAUCAAUGGAAAGAAAACGGCCAUUCAGUCCAACACAAUGGUGGAGGAGCAGUUGGGGGAGAAGGGUGUUAUCUGCUUGGAGGAUAUCAUACACGAGAUCUGCACUGUGGGACCGAAUUUCGCGGCCGUCAACGAGUUUCUGUGCGCCUUUAUGUUAUCGAGUCCUAGCAAUGGGUGGCAGAAGAAGGUCUCCGUCUCGUAUAAACGCGGUGGCGAAUAUGGCGACCGUGGCAAUGCCAUCAACGAACUGGUUGCCCGCUGCCUGUAGAGACCUUAAGCUAGUAGACUCUUUAGUGAUUGUUCAAUCUAAAUAAGCCGUAUUUACACAUUAAAACAGAAACAUGCCUUAA